AUGUCGGUGCCUCCCGUCUGCCUCUACCCGUCUGCCUCUACCCGUCUGCCCCUACCCGUCUGCCCCUACCCGUCUGCCCCUACCUGUCCGUCCCUACCCGUCUGCCCCUACCCGUCUGCCCCUACCUGUCUGCCUCUACCCGUCUGCCUCUACCCGUCUGCCCCUACCUGUCUGCCUCUACCCGUCUGCCCCUACCCGUCUGCCCCUACCUGUCUGCCCCUACCCAUCUGCCUCUACCCGUCUGCCCCUACCUGUCUGCCUCUACCCGUCUGCCCCUACCCGCCCGCCUCUACCCAUCUGCCCCUACCCGUCUGCCUCUACCCGUCUGCCUCUACCCGUCUGCCCCUACCUGUCUGCCUCUACCCGUCUGCCCCUACCCGCCCGCCUCUACCCGUCCGCCCCUACCCGCCCGCCUCUACCUGUCUGCCUCUUCCUGUCUGCCUCUACCUGUCUGCCCCUACCAGCCUGCCCCUACCCGUCUGCCUCUACCCGUCUGCCUCUACCCGUCCGCCUCUACCCGUCCGCCUCUACCCGUCCGCCUCUACCCGUCCGCCUCUACCCGCCUUCCACUACCCGUCUGCCUCUACCAGUCUGCCUCUACCCGUCCGCCUCUUCCUGUCCGCCUCUACCCGUCCGCCUCUACCCGUCUUCCCCUACCCGUCUGCCUCUACCCGUCUGCAUCUACCCGUCUGCCUCUACCCGUCCGCCUCUACCCGUCCGUCCCUACCCGUCUGCCUCUACCCGUCUGCCUCUACCCGUCUGCACCUACCCGUCUGCCUCUACCCGUCUGCCUCUACCCGUCUGCCUCUACCCGCCCGCCUCUACCCGCCCACCUCUACCCGUCUGUCCCUACCUGUCUGCCUCUACCCGUCUGCCUCUACCCAUCUGCCUCUACCCACCCGCCUCUACCCGUCUGCCCCUACCCGUCUGCCCCUACCCUGGAAUGAUGCGGUGUACUCUCAGAUCAGGUGUCCCAACUUUAUCUGCUCCCCCAAAGGCUUCCUGUUCCUGUUCCUGGCUAGUGUGCAGCAGGUUCAUGUCCCCCACCACCCACUGUAA